ACCGCCCGAACAGCGACCGAAGAGACUGCCUGACGCCCGCCGAGUCGAGCCGAAGCCGCCCGCAGUGCCGAGCUGAUGUCACGAAUGUAGAGCCGAAAAAGGCCGAAAAGUUCCGAAGUGGGGAGUCGAGUUAGAACGAAUGGUUCCGAAGGUUCACGAAAGUUUACGAGCGUUUCUUCCUCGCUGCCUUGGUGGCUGAUCUGAUUGUGGUCACCGACUGAUAAGAGCUGGCCUGCUCUGGACAGAUUCUCGCCGGCUUCCAACGAAGUUUGGGUUCGCCGAAAGACCCUGGCGCCACUGGAUUUUCCCAACCCCCCUUCUGGAGGCGGCGGGAGCCGAGCCCACACGAGGCCUAGCCGAACUCCGCCGAAUGUCUCCGAGCAGAGUUCUCCGGAGCCUUAGUGCCCGCCUCCUCCGGUCCGAAAGCUCCCGAGUGUUGCCGGACGGAAGGAUCGGGCCUCGGCCGCGGUCGGACGCUCGCUGCGCGCGGCGGGAGGAGCGAAGAUGGCGGGAGGGUGCGGCCAAGAGGCUGCUGGGAUUGUGGCGGACCCAGCGGCAAAAUGGCGGCCGUGCGGCCAGGGAGAGGCUCCUUCAAGGUGUUCCUCUCCAGAUGUUGUUUCACCUCAGUGGCCUGUACUAUGCCCUGUACUUCCUAGCUACACUCCUGAUGAUUGCAUAUAAAAGUCAGGUUUUCAGCUAUCCUUGUGACUGUCUGGUUCUGGAUCUGUUUCUCUUGUUCCUCAUGGGAGUUCUCGAAGUAACUCGGCUAUACCUAGGCACAAAAGGAAACCUGACUGAGGCCGGAGCACCCCUGGCUGCCAGCCUGGCAUUCACAGCAGCCAGCGGCCUCCUUUCCGUCCACUUCCUGCUCUGGCAGACCUUGGUCCUGUGGAUGGACUCGGUCCUCAGCACCAUCCUCCUGGUGCUGCAUGGGCUGGAGGCUGGCCUGCAGGUGGUGGUCAUUGCCAACUUUAUCAGGUAGACGGACCAUCACGUGCACAGGAGCGCUCCUCUGCCUCCAGCCAACUCCACUGCCCACAUAAGGAGGAAGGAG